AUGAGCAAUCUGGACUCUGCUGCCAAAAUUUGGCAUCAAACUGUAAUUCCGAAAAAUCUGUCAUCAGCUACAGAGUACUAUGACCUAGGUACCUUUCAUCGGCCUGUCACAACCGCCAGCCAAGAUGCCCAGUCGUGGUUCAAUCGUGGCCUUAUCUGGGCCUACGCCUUCAACCACCAGGAGUCGGCCCGUUGUUUUGAACAGUGCAUCUUGGCAGAUCCAACCUGCGCAAUGGGAUACUGGGGUUUAGCAUUUGCCCUAGGUCCAAACUACAAUAAGCCUUGGCAGCUCUUUGACGGAGAGGAUCUUUCAACCACCACAACACGGGCGCAUGCUGCGGUCACGGAGGCCAUGAAGCACGCAUCUACCAUGUCACCCGUGGAGAAGGCCCUCAUCGAGGCUUUACAGCACCGGUAUCCCCAGGCAGAACCUGUAAAGGACUGCACAGAUUGGAACUGCCAGUAUGCGAAGGCCAUGGAAGCUGUAUACCAGGCUUUUCCGGAGGAUCUGGAUGUUAUCGCCCUUUAUUGUGAUGCACUAAUGAACCUCACUCCCUGGGGUCUAUGGGACCUGAAGUCUGGCGAACCCACCCAUGAUGCUCGGACUCUUGAAGUAAAACAGGCACUAGAUCACGCAUUGGCGCGCGAAGAUGCCCUGCAACAUCCUGGCCUCUUGCACUUGUAUAUCCAUCUGAUGGAAAUGUCUCCAACCCCGGAGCGUGCACUUCCAAUAGCGGACAAUCUACGAGGCCUUGUUCCCGAUGCCGGUCACUUGGAACAUAUGCCGACUCAUUUGGAUAUUCUCUGCGGCGACUACCGUCGAGCUAUAGCAUCGAAUUCUUCUGCAAUUCGUGCCGAUGAGAAAUUCUUGGCCAAUCAGAGCCUGGGCCAUUUUUACCAUCUGUAUCGUGCGCAUGAUUACCACUUUCGUAUGUAUGCAGCUAUGCUGGGUGGUCAGUCUAAGAUCGCUCUGAGCACUGCCACGGAGCUGGCAAAUUCUAUGACCGAGGAUCUCCUGCAGGUCGAGUCGCCUCCCCUUGCUGAUUGGCUUGAAGGUUUUGUAGCCAUGCGAGUGCAUCCUCUUAUUCGAUUUGGUCGCUGGGAUGAUAUUAUUGCCCUCCCACUUCCCAUGAAUCAAAGACUCUACUGCGUGACCACAGCUAUGAUACACUAUGCAAAAGGGGUGGCCUUUGCAGCUACGAGCCGGAUUAAGGAGGCAAGGAAAGAACAAGAGCAGUUUAUAUCCGCAACCAACCGGGUUCCUUCUUCUCGGACCAUCUUCAAUAAUACAGGCGUAGACAUUCUUGGUGUUGCUGCUCCCAUGCUGGAAGGCGAGAUUCUUUAUCGUUGUGGAGGAUAUGACGCAGCAUUUGCUAGUCUCCGAACCGCUAUUGACCGGGACGAUAACCUUCCUUAUGAUGAGCCCUGGGGCUGGAUGCAGCCAACUCGACAUGCUCUUGGGGCCUUACUUCUUGAACAGGGUCGAGUCGAGGAAGCAGCUGACAUAUACGCCGCCGAUCUUGGAAUCGAUCAGUCAUUGCCUCGUGCCUUGAGACACCCGAAUAACGUUUGGGCUCUCCAUGGUUACCAUGAGUGCCUCACAAAGCUGGGGAGGACGGCGGAAGCGCGCAUUCUGGAGCCGCAAUUACGGCUUGCUUUGGCCAUGGCUGACCUGCCUAUUCGAGCAUCAUGUUUCUGUCGACAGGGAUAG